AUGAACCGGUCCACAUUCAAUAUCCAGCCCCUGCACCGCUUCCACAGCGCAAAUACCUCUAUCCGGAGACCGAGGGAAAUCGCUUGCUUCUCUUAUGAUGAAAAUCGUCGUUUUUCGCUGGGCGAUUCGUCCAUGGCCUACUACUACACGCCGGCUCUCCCUGCAGACCUGAAUAUAGGCUAUGAGACAUUCCAGAAGCUCAAUGAUGUCCCGGAUGAGCACUUAGAUGCUUUACUUGAUACCCUUGUUGCUCAUGAGAAAGAAACAGAGAAGAAGUGCGAUGUAGACAUCGUCACAUGGAGAGGAAUGAUGACCAAGAUUCUCACCGCUCCCUUUGAUAAUAUGAAUGGCUUCGAGAUGAAUGCAACUUGUUUCCAGGGUACCAUAUUCAUUGAGGAAAACAACGAAUACAAAAACCAACAGAAAGAGAUCCAACGCAAGCGAGGAUCGCCACCUGGAAUGGCACCACAGGAACUCAUGAUGUAUUGGGGCUAUAAAUUCGAAAAGCUGGCUGUACUUCCGAAGACGUGGGAUGAAUCAACCCGUGAAGAGAUCGAAGGCCGCCAGAACGAAGUCGUCAACAAUGCAGCACAGUAUUGCUCGGUUGUCCGCACUGGGAUCGGUAACGUGCGUAUGAUUCUUGGUGGAGAGGUUGAUGCCAUCUGGGACAGCAAGCCAUCGCGAAAAGAAAGCCCCAUCAACUGGGUUGAGCUGAAGACAUCAGCUCAGAUCUGCAAUGAACGUGAUAUGAUCAAGUAUGAGCGGAAAUUGCUCAAGUUUUGGGCACAGUCAUUCCUGCUCGGUGUGCCUAAGAUUAUUGUGGGAUUCCGUGAUGAGAAUGGUAUUUGCCAUAGCUUGGAGGAGCUAGAUACAGCUAGCAUACCCGGGAAAGUGUUGAGCGUCGGCCGGCGUUCUUGGGAUGGAAACGUCUGCAUCAAUUUUACUGGUGCAUUCUUGGAGUGGCUGAAGCAGACUAUCAACCAGGAAGGGACGUGGAGAAUUCGGAAGAAGGAAAAAUCUCCGGUCAUCGAGGUCUAUCAGGUUGAGGAGCAAGGACAUGGCGAUAUUAUCUCACCUGCUUUCAAGGCCUGGCGGUCGACCACGACCAAUGCGAGUUCGUGA